AAACGCAAACAAAAAUUUGAUUCAUUUCAGACCAUCGCAGCAAAAAACGUCGCCUCGGUGAUCACAGCAAAGUCCGAGCUCUUGGAUCAAGGACGUAAAUCUUUGGAAUCCUUUCGAUAUCCUUCUGAUAUUUUUACCAAUACUCCAAAGAUUCGUGAAACUGUUCACCUAGAAAAUGAAUCCGAACAAUCGCUCACGGAAAAAACGAUUUCAUUGCCAUUCAAUGAUUUAUUCGUGAAUUUCUUCAUGCCAACUCCUUUGCUAGAUCGAAUAAAAGAAGAAGAGAAAUAUGGUAACACGGGAAAUAAACUUACCGGUAUUGGAAAAGCUUUAAUUAACGGCUAUGAAAAUUUCAGUAAUUUUGUAAAUUCCGCAUUGAGCUCGACGCAAAAUUUUAAGAAGGCAGUGGGAGAAAAUAUAAGUGAAACAUUAGAUCAGAUCGGAGGAAAGCUUGUUGGACUUCAAUGAAUUAAAUAACUAUCAAACAGUUGUUAUUUUUUGUUGGGUUU